AUGGACCGGAAGUUCGAGUCCCGGAUAAAGGCGCUGGCGGUGGUGGCGACGGCAACGGCGGGGGUCCUGACGCUGUACGCCGAUUACGGCGAUUAUGGUGGCAAGAAGACGGUCCUAGAUGAUGUUAAGGGAGCGUCAGCGCAAGUGAGGAAGUGGUUUCUGAGACCCAGCCAGGAGGAAGAGGAAGAGAUUCGGAGGAGACUGGGUGGGGAGGAGAGGAAGUAG